AUGGAUCGCAUCGAAGGCGACGCCGCCGGCAACAAGGAGCGCGAGUUCACAGAAGAAGAACUCCUUGUCGCCAGCCCCGUCGUCCUAGGCUUCGCCUUCAGCGAAAAGCUCUGGCUGGAAUUCACCAUCUCAGGCAUCAGCGACAUCGAAUGGGACGCCGACGCCUUCGACUCACUCGUUCUCGCCAGUAACCAAAAAUCCAUCGUCAAAGCCCUCGUCGAAUCGCACACCUUCCACGCAGCCGAAAACAUCGACGACGUAAUCCAAGGCAAAGGCAAAGGCCUCGUCGCCGUCCUCCACGUACGUGCCAUCGAGGGCGUUAAGACGGCUACUUUUACGGAAACGGAUUACGAUUUACUCUCUCGGCAUACAUUGAACGGUCGUCAGAUCAAAAACUCUGUCCGCACCGCCCAAGCCCUCGCCGUUAACGAACGUUCCCCUCUCUCGAUGGAACAUAUCAAGCGUGUCCUUGAGGUAGCAGAGACAUUCGAUCAGGAUCUGCGUGGUGGAACGGGAUAUCUAGAUGCGAUGCGUAGUUACACCUAA